AUGGCAGGUACUAGCCUCACCAUGCCUCUCAUUGUGGUGAGUGUGUUCUGGGGCUUUGUUGGCUUCCUGGUGCCCUGGUUCAUCUCUAAGUGUCCCAACUGCAGAGUUGUCAUCAGCAUGUUAGGGACCCGUUCAGUUUGCUGCUAUCUCUUUGGGCUGAUUGCAAUUCUGGCCCAACUCAACCCUCUCCUGGGACCACAGUUGACAAAUGAAGCCAUCUGGUACCUCAAGCAUCACUAGCCUUGAGGAAGAAG